UAACUCUGAGCGCACCGGAAGUAGCUCUGAGCUCUGGGGUGGGACCAGGGGGGCCAAGAAGGCUGGGACGCCUCGCGGGGCAGUGUGGGACGGGGGCGGAACGCCGCCCGGCCGCGGGUCGGGCUCUGUGUCAGCAGCCGGGCGGGCGCUCGGGCGGGACAUGGCAGCCUGUGCAGCCCGGCGGGCCCUGGCCGUGGGCAGCCGCUGGUGGUCCCGGUCGCUGACUGGGGCCCGGUGGCCAAGGCCGCUCUGUGCGGCGGCUGGAGCUGGGGCCUUCUCGCCAGCGGCGACCACGACGACGCGGAGGCACCUCUCGUCCCGAAACCGACCAGAGGGCAAAGUGUUGGAGACAGUUGGUGUGUUUGAGGUGCCAAAACAGAAUGGAAAAUAUGAGACCGGGCAGCUUUUCCUUCAUAGCAUUUUUGGCUACCGAGGUGUCGUCCUGUUUCCCUGGCAGGCCAGACUGUAUGACCGGGAUGUGGCUUCUGCAGCUCCAGAAAAAGCAGAGAACCCUGCUGGCCAUGGCUCCAAGGAGGUGAAAGGCAAAACUCACACUUACUAUCAGGUGCUGAUUGAUGCUCGUGACUGCCCACAUAUAUCUCAGAGAUCUCAGACAGAAGCUGUGACCUUCUUGGCUAACCAUGAUGACAGUCGGGCCCUCUAUGCCAUCCCAGGCUUGGACUAUGUCAGCCAUGAAGACAUCCUCCCCUACACCUCUACUGAUCAGGUUCCCAUCCAACAUGAACUCUUUGAAAGAUUUCUUCUGUAUGACCAGACAAAAGCACCCCCUUUUGUGGCUCGGGAGACGCUAAGGGCCUGGCAAGAGAAGAAUCACCCCUGGCUGGAGCUCUCCGAUGUUCAUCGGGAAACAACCGAGAACAUACGUGUCACUGUCAUCCCCUUCUACAUGGGCAUGAGGGAAGCCCAGAAUUCCCACGUGUACUGGUGGCGCUACUGUAUCCGUUUGGAGAACCUUGACAGUGACGUGGUACAGCUCCGGGAGCGGCACUGGAGGAUAUUCAGUCUCUCCGGCACCUUGGAGACAGUGCGAGGCCGAGGGGUAGUGGGCAGGGAACCGGUGUUAUCCAAGGAGCAGCCUGCGUUCCAGUAUAGCAGCCACGUCUCGCUGCAGGCUUCCAGUGGGCACAUGUGGGGCACGUUCCGCUUUGAAAGACCUGAUGGCUCCCACUUUGAUGUUCGGAUCCCUCCCUUCUCCCUGGAAAGCAAUAAAGAUGAGAAGACACCACCCUCAGGCCUUCACUGGUAGGCCAGCUGAGGCCCCAAGUGCCCAGGCUUGGUCACCGGGAAGAACAACUCUCAUCCCACAAUUGCUGCAGAACUCUUCUCUCCCCAUCAUGGGCCACAGUGGGUCUCUUAAUUUGAUUGUGGGGUUCUUUUUGUGGGGAGGGGUGGUAUAACUUUUCUUCAGAAGACCCGUAUGGGACACCUCCAAGGCUGGCCUCCUCAUAAGCCCUGCCUACACUUAUGUUCCAGUAAACCUCUCCACCAAGGAACUGUGUUCAGCUGCCACAGGCCUGGAAGAGUUUCCUGGCCUGUCACAUGAGGUUUGAUCAGUAAACCAGUGCACGCUUGGCCACCCUUGCCAUUUCUGCUCCCAGAGUCUCAGGCUCCCCUUCUGACCCAGUGUGCGCCCUUGACUGCUUUCUUUGCUGCCCUUCCAGGGAGCUGCCCCCCUGAUAGGGCAUGUGCCUGUUUCCCUCUCAGCCUAGAGGCUGGCUGGACAUCUCCUAGGGUCACUGUGCCUCUCAGCUAGUUGGCGGGGUUGCUGGACUGGACUCUUGUUCACUUUACCUUCUGCCAAAUGCAGAGAGGGAGGCCAGUGUCAGGGUCGGAGUGGCCUGGCUCUUAGCACUGACCGACCAUUGCCAUUUCUGGCCUUGCUAGGCCCAGGAGAGGAGGGAGGCAAGCCAGUCGGGUUUCCUGUAGCAAUGGGUGUGCCAGCCCUCAGCAUGACUCUGCCAAGCAUCCAGACCACGAAUGCAGGAAUUUGGCCGAGGAGCAGCUUUAGGUAUGGAUGAUGACUAAGUCAAGCUACUUCCUGAGCUUCUCUCAGAUUCCAAGAGCCAGAGAUGAAUUGUGCUGCAUCUUGCUCCAAUUCUUAGGAUUUUUUCUCUCCACCACUGCAGUGAUUGUUAGAGGUCGUUUUCUUGAAUUAAUAUUAAAUCACAGUUCCAGCCCUU